UCCGCAUCACGUGAAAUAACAUGUCAGCGUCCUCAUAGACGCUGCGUUUCUGCUGUUAUUUUAAUUUAAAAUCUUAGCGCGAAGAAGUGAAAUAAGAUAACAUGCGUUCGGCAUCGAUUUGCUUCCUUCUUCUGGCGUGCCUCGCUGCCAUGGGGAGUUGUUCCAGAGGACGAGAACGUGGACCAGGUGUGGCAUUAUACAUGAUUCCGGCAGUAGAAGAGAGCGGAUGUGAGUGCGCAAACUACUCGUGUGGCUGCUGCGCUCAUUUGGACGUCCCGAAAAUACACCUAAACGACACAGGAUGUGUGAAUUUCUCCUACUUGCCAGACGAAUAUGGAGUUUCAUUCACGUUCUCUAUUGAUAACAAGACCAUUUUCAACGAAACAAUAUCAGCCAAGAAUCCUCCGCCGAUCUGCUACGGUGUGCCUUUCCUCGAGGAAUACGCUUCGGUCUGUAUACAUUUCUACGACCUGGAGCUCACGCGCGACAAGUUUCGCGGCUGCGUGAAGCUGGAGGCGAGAUUAGAACACGUCGCCGUCGGCGAAUACGACCUUGGCUGCUUCCAGAUGCCCUUGAGACGGAAGGGUAUGCUGUCGCAAGUCGUCCGUCGAAAGAUCCCAAUUCGCCUCUGAGGUUUUCGGAGAACGAAUACGCGGAGACGUUUUUUUUACGGAAAUGAUUUCAUCCUCGAUUGCGUUCGUCAACGGUUUCUUUUUACGAGCUGGAGAAAUAUGAUUAAUUUGUCGUUGUAGAUCGACUGGCAAAUCUUGCAAUGUCAAUAAUAGGACACAGUAAAAUAAUGAACGUGCCUAAUUAACAGAGAUGAUCUGUAAAUUUUAUAUUCAUUUAGGUGCAUUGAAUAUUGUAUUAGUAAAUAUAUAUAAUGUACAAACUUUCAAACUUAAUGUGUGUAAUUUCAUUUUCUCUAUAUUACUUCAAGUUAUUAAGGCAUUAGUUUUCAUCAUGCCAUACUGUAUUGCAUAAUGCUUCGUUAUGUGAUGGACAAGUGCAUUAAAUAGAAAUUAAACAGAAACAAAAAUGAAAUACUUUCAUGUAUAUGUCAUGUUUCAUGGAAUAUAUGUAAUAUUUAUACAACCCA